AUGACCUUGAUAGCAAGCGCAUUUUUACCUCUUGCUAACUUAUCACCAGAACCUGACCACAAUACCCCAGUCUUACCUGUUCCCCAUGACGACCCCACUCCUGCACCUUCAGACCUCCUUCCCAUUAUUGAUCUACCUGCCUCAUUCACUCCCUCCCUUCCUCCUGACAUACCUCCUCCAACCCUAGACACUACUACCUCGCCAACUCCUGCACCAUCAUCUCCUUCGCUGCCCCUCAUUCCCCUUCGUCGCUCCGAACGCAUUAAACAACCACCUGCCCACCUUCGUGACUAUCAGACCCAUCAUGCUGCUUUGCUUCAGCCCAGCGCCAUCUCUUCCACCAUGUCCGGCACACGAUAUCCUCUUCACCGGUAUGUUUCUUAUGCUCGUCUCUCUCCUGCUCAUCGCUCUUUUAUUCACAAUGUCUCUCACUUAGUUGAACCAGCCUCUUAUGAGCAGGCACGCCAUGACCCUCACUGGCUUGCAGCUAUGAAUUCUGAGCUUGAAGCCCUUGAAGCCAAUCACACCUGGACUUUGGUUCCUUUACCCCUCCACCAACGCCCCAUUGGAUGUAAAUGGGUCUUCAAAAUCAAGUAUCAUUCCGACGGUACCAUCGAACGCUACAAGGCUCGCCUUGUCACCAAAGGGUUCACGCAGCGCGAAGGUAUUGAUUACAAAGAGACGUUCGCCCCCGUUGCUAAGCUCAUUACUGUCCGCUGUCUCUUGACCAUUGCUGCUGUUCGCAGCUGGUCUCUUCACCAAAUGGAUGUCCAAAACGCUUUCCUUCACGGUGCACUCCAUGAGGAAGUCUAUAUGUUACCACCUCCUGGUUAUCGUCGACAGGGGGAGACUAUGGUUUGUCGACUUCACAAGUCAUUAUACGGACUCAAGCAGGCAUCUCGCAGCUGGUUCCAACGUUUUUCAUCAACCAUUCAAGAAAUUGGCUUUCAACAGUCUCAUGCGGACUACUCAUUAUUCACUAAGGUUUGUGGACACUCCAUUACUGUAGUAUUGCUCUACGUCGAUGACAUGAUCAUUGCAGGAAAUAAUGAGGAAGCCAUUAGUCAACUCAAGCAAUUUCUUAGUGGAUGUUUUCGAAUUAAAGACCUCGGACCAUUAAAAUAUUUUCUGGGUGUCGAAGUUGCACGGUCCAAAGCUGGGAUCUCCAUUUGCCAACGAAAGUAUACUCUGGACAUAUUGGAGGAAGCUGGCUUGCUUGGCGUAAGACCUGCCAAGGUACCUAUGGAACCAGAUUUAGUGUUGACAACAACAGGUGGUGAUGCCCUCAAGGACCCGACUCGAUAUCGACGUUUGGUUGGAAAAUUAAUAUACCUUACCAUUACAAGGCCAGAUAUUACGUAUGCAGUGAAUAAUCUCAGUCAGUUCAUGCAAGAACCAACACUCCAUCACCUUAAAGCAGCAUAUCGUCUCCUCCAAUAUCUGAAAGAAGCAUCAGGACAAGGGUUACUAUUUCCUAUGGAGAACCAACUUAAUUUGAUUGGCUACUGUGAUGUGGAUUGGGCUAGAUGUCCGAUCACACGUCGAUCAGUGACAGGUUUUUGUAUCUUCCUUGGUAAAUCACUUGUAUCGUGGAAAAGUAAAAAGCAAGUCACGGUGGCAAGAUCUUCAGCAGAAGCCGAGUAUCGCUCCAUGGCUGCAACCACUUGUGAGCUUACUUGGCUGAGGAAUUUGUUGAAUGAUUUGCGUGUAAACCAUCCUGAGCCAGCAAGGUUGUUUUGCGACAAUCAAGCUGCUUUACAUAUUGCAGCGAACCCUGUGUAUCAUGAAUGA